AUGGAAAAGAAGAAACCAGGACCUUCAUCUUCCUUGAUCUCUAAUCAAAAGAAACCAGCCAAGAAAGUUACCACUGCUACAGGACUGAAACCAGGAAAGAUGCCCAAGGAAAAGAAGACAGGAAUAAAGAGAAAGAAAGCUGGUGAAGAGACAGAAAAGGAAACACCAGGCCCUUCAACAUUUCUUUUCACCAAUAAUCAGAUGAACCCAGCGAUUAGUCAAACCCUAUGGUCCACUAAGAUUCCAGAUGCAGAGAAACUGAGUAAGAAUGUGAUUACUGCAGACCUGAAUCAAGAAAAGAAAACCAAGGAAAAGAAGACAGGAAUAAAGAGAAAGAAAGGUGCUAAGGAGACAGAAGAGGAAAAACCAGGCCCUUCAUUUCUUUUCAGCAACAAUCAGAUGAAAUCAGCAAUGAGCCAAACCCAAGUACCAGCUGUCUCUUCAUUAAAGAAGGAAGAAAAGCAGGACAUGGAGGAUUGGUCAUGGAGUUUGUAUAAAACUCAGCUACAUGUUACCUGUGGAGAUAAAGCAGGCAUGCUGUAUCAGGAACAGCUGGCCAAAGGGAAGAAGUGUAUUCUGUCUGAGGGAAGCUGGUAUACACCAAGUGGUUUUGAGAAGUUUGCAGGAAAGGGGAACUGCAAGAACUGGAAAUCCAGUAUCCGCUGCCAAAACACUACACUGCAGAAACUUAUAGAGGAGGGUCAUUUGCAAGCUCCACCCACAAAGAGACGCAAAGUUGAAAAGAGUCAGAAUGUGCUGCUUCCUUCAAACUUCAGCUCCUGUUAGUGCACAUGCUUUCUCAUAUAUACACAGUUGUAUUAUUAUUAUUAUUAUUACCUACAUAGGGUGGCAAAGUUUGUUGCAUUUUAUAUUUAGA